GGCUUGUAGUACCUUCCUCUUUCUCUUUAACUCUCUCAUCUCACACUCAUCCCUUCCCCUGCGAAAAAUCGAAGAACCCUAACAAACCAUUUCACUGUAGAUCUUCCUUCAUCCCAUGCAUUUCGACUGAAAUUCGCGGGAAUUUUUACGUCUCUGAAGAUCCUAAUCGCUCUUCUCUUCUCUAGUCUCGUCUCAGAUCGUUUAGGUGAAAGGGAAUGGGUGCGGGGAGGAAGACGGAGACCUACACGCUUGCUCCGGAUAGCCUUAACACAUACGGGAAUUGGUGCGUGAGGAAUCUUGAGAAGAAAGAUCUCUGCGGAGUUAUAUUUGGAUGCAAGUUCAGCACUAUCAAAGAGUGUUACGCUAAGAAGUUGUUUGGUUUGCCAGCUCCUCACAUGGCGUAUAUCAAGAAUAUUGAUCCUGGUUUGACGCUGUUCUUGUUCAACUACAGUGAUAGAACACUUCAUGGUAUCUUUGAAGCUGCUAGUGAAGGACAGUUGAACAUUGAUCCCAAAGCUUGGUCUCCUAAUGGGACUGAUCCAAGUCCUUACCCUGCUCAGGUAAAGAUAAGAGUAAGAGUGAAGUGUGAGCCUUUGGCUGAAGAAAAGUUCAGUCCAGUGAUUGCUAAUAAUUACCAGGACGACAAGAUGUUUUGGUUUGAGCUUGACCGAGAUCAGACAAACAAACUGCUCCGUAUGUUUUCACCGUCGCCGUAUGUAAGGGCACCGUCAACCUCCAAAUAUGCUGUUGCAUCACUAUCCAGGAAGGCUAUUCCGGCGUCUUCUCUUGUGGAGAUAGGCGAGGUAGGAGCAACACGGGUUGAUAAGUGGAGCAGUCUUUUCAAGUCUUCAGACGAUUCAGGUGAGAACAAAGGAGAAGACUCAAGUGGAGCACGCGGGGCAGGUUCAAGAGCAGUAGUCAACCUUGGAAAAGCUGAGAAAGCAGUGGUGCAAUCUGGUGUAUCUUACUCAUCAGUUCUGAGAAACGUGACUGAGUCUUCAACUUCGACAAAUGAAGUUCCAUCUCAAGCAAGUAAAGGAGUUGAAAAUUCUUGGUCAACUGCUGCUUCUCGAGCUCUCUCCUCACGCCAAGACAGUACCAAGGGAACUAUUAACAUGAUAGGACAUAGCAAGGACGUUUCUGCUGAGGACACACAUUCAGAGAUCGAUUGGGAUGCUGCAUCAAAUUUCCAAGCACAUCUUGCAGGACUGGAGAGGAUUUUGGAAGAACCUACAGGAUUUGCAUCGUCUUCUUCUAUGGUGCCCAAUCAUUGGGAAGAUGGGAUACCGCUCUCGGACUAUGAAGAAGGGAAUAUAGAUAAAUCACCUUGUGGGUCCUCUUAUGUUUCCGCCAUGACAGGAGAUGGAGCUGAGGACAAUGGAGUUGACAAAGAGAAGCUUCGUAUGGAUCUUUCCAAGAUGGAAAUGGAAUCCCCUCCCACUUACCUGGACAUCUUGAGUGAGAUAUGGGCGGAAGUGAAGGAGUUAAAGCAAACUCAGAUGAAGCAAGCUGAGUAUAUGAUUACUUUGCAGAUGGAGCUGCUUGAAUCAAGAAAAGAGAUACUUCAACUGAAAAGGACAUAGGGAAGAUCCUAAGCAUAUGGUAACACGACGAGACUCAGGGUCAGG